AUGGAAGGCAUCCAGACACACCCCUCGAACGCGGCGCAAGCCAAGGCCUUCACUGCGCCUGGGUCGUUGUCGUUCCCCGGGGCAACCAACGAGUUGACACCACCCGCUGGCAACGGGAAUGCAGCUCAGCUCCCUGCUCCCAACGGCCAGCAGGCGGCAAAUGGCAACGGGGUGACUCCCGCGACGCCUGCCGCUACGCCUGCUGCCACUCAAGGACCUAGUGGAAUCACUCCCACUCUUCAGAACAUCGUGGCCACUGUCAACCUUGACUGCCGCCUUGACCUCAAGACCAUCGCCCUGCAUGCGCGAAAUGCAGAGUACAACCCUAAGCGUUUCGCUGCUGUCAUCAUGCGAAUCCGCGAGCCCAAGACCACGGCCCUGAUCUUUGCUUCUGGCAAGAUGGUCGUCACCGGUGCCAAGUCGGAAGAUGACUCGAAGCUUGCGUCGCGGAAAUACGCCCGUAUUAUCCAGAAGCUCGGCUUCAACGCCAAGUUCACCGACUUCAAGAUCCAGAACAUUGUCGGCUCCUGCGACAUCAAGUUCCCCAUCCGUCUCGAGGGUCUGGCUUCGCGCCAUCACAACUUCAGUUCUUACGAGCCCGAGUUGUUCCCUGGUCUUAUCUACCGUAUGAUUAAGCCCAAGAUUGUGCUGCUCAUCUUCGUCAGCGGCAAGAUCGUCUUGACAGGCGCCAAGGUCCGAGAGGAGAUCUACCAGGCCUUCGAGAUGAUCUAUCCUGUGUUGCAAGAUUUCCGCAAGGUCUAA